AAAGCCUGUAGCUCAUAGCUUUACAAUGCUGUGUCAAGCAUUUCCUUACUUUGACGUGUAAAUACACUGAAAACUGGCCCAGCAUGCAACAGCCCAAUAUUCUUACAGUUUAUUUCCUCUCUCCUACAAUGUGUUGGUGUAAAAAGAUUUAAUAAAUAUCUAACCAAAAGACUUCUUAAAGCAGAUAAUCCUGGCUCAGUAACACAGAGGACCCAGUGGUACCACUCACAAAACAACUUCAGGCUACGGUUUCAAAUGCAAUGCUUUGGAGGAAGCAUUUGCUUAAAGCAGCAUGAGCAUCUAUCCCGCUCUCUGUUGCAACGGCAUGGCUUAUAUGGAGUCUGGUAGCGAAACACAUCAAAAAAUAAGAAUGGGUGUCUUGAGCAGAUCUGUCUCCCUUCAUGCUCACCAUGUGACCAAGUAGUUACCACUAUGGGGAUGGAGUGGACUGAGACAGGAAAUGACCAAGCAGAACACUUCCAAACAGGGAUGGUGUGCUCAUGCCAUCUGCAAAUGCUCCUUGAAACAUAGUUUCAGUUAUUUGAAGGUUUCCACUGGAUGUCCCACAUUCAACAAUUUGUUGUUAAGUAUUAGCCUGCCAAAUUCAGUCAUUCUUCCUUUGUUUUUUUUUUUUUUUUUUUGCAUAACUCAUAAUGUAUUAAGAACAGGUUUUGCUUUUUCCAACAAUGGCAUUCCAGGAUCACUGGACAAAGAUUACGCUUUGGAAGCAUUUGCUGCUUUUGAAUUUGCACUUGUUUAUGAAUCAGAAAGGAGCCCUUAACAGGCCUUUUUGGCUCUUCUUAUCUACAGAACCCUUUUGUGCGUUUACUAAGAAAAUACCCAGAGAAACACGGGAUUCCGGGGCGGCCACUAGACCUGCAGUCCCAAGUCCAGCGAGAGACACUCCAACACGCAACAAAGACCGCUCGCCCUCUCUGACGGUGAGGGAACCUCGACAGAACCCCACGGACCCAACCGAGGCAAAGGAGAUCCUUCCUCCCGCAGGGAACACGCGAAGGAAGCAGGACCAUGAACCACGGGCCAAACACCCGCUCCCGCCAGGGCUCCUCCAGGCCCGACCGACCCUCGCUGCGCUCCCUGAGGCCGCGGCCCCGUCGGCGGGCCCAUUGCCCAGGAGAGGCCGCGGCCCCUCGGCAAGCUCCCCAAGCGCGGCCGCUCCCGUCGGCGUAGGCCCGCAGCGCGGCGGGGAAGCCGCGGGCCGGCCGAGAGCCGCAGCGCCAUCACGGCCCGACCGGGCCCGCCAGACCCACCUGGUGAGCGCCAUCUUGACCGCCUCCGCCGUCCGCUCGGCAGCCGGGCCGCCGAGGAGGGGGAAGGUGGCGGCACCUGCGCAUGCGCCCGGCCCGCAGCGUGGCCUGGGAGUUGUAGUCUGGGUAACGCCACUCGCGGCGCGGUGGCGCACGCGGUAGGCCGCAAGGCGUCCUGGAAGGUGUAGUUUUACAGUCUCCCCGUUUAUCUCUUCAGCCAUCCUGUUCCGCUCCCCUGUGCUAUUCACGCGGUCUCCAACAAGUUCAAUAACUUCACAGUUCAUCCAGCUGAAAAUGUCCAAGUAAAAAGCAGAAAAUAUAGAGCAAAUGCAUUGGAAUAAAAUUUAUUCUGAUACCUGCUGCUAAGAAAUCAUUGAACUGGGACAUGGGAGUGAAGGGAAGAAGAGAGACUGAAAGUGGUGUCAAAAUAGUGAUUUAAAAUAAAAAAACUUCUGCAUUAAAAACAA